CAGCACAUGCUCGCCUCUGUGACCAAUCACCGUCGUCUGUCCUUCAGAGGCGGGGCGAGCUGAUUUGUUCACUUCCUGCUGUUCAAUAAAGUUUAUCCCGGCUACGUACAAACAUGGGCGCCGUUACAGAUGAUGAGGUUAUUCGGAAACGUCUUCUUAUUGACGGGGACGGAGCUGGUGAUGACCGCAGAAUAAAUGUGCUGCUGAAGAGUUUCACCAAAUGGUGCAACUCGCCAGGGACCCCAGAGGAGGGGUUCACGCAGUAUCAGAGGAUGUUGGGCAUCCUGGCUCAGUGUGAAUCCUCCAUGGGGAAGACGUUGAUGGUUUAUGACAUGAACCUUCGGGAAAUGGAGAAUUAUGAGAAAAUCUACACUAAUAUAGAACAAAACAUCACGUCUGCACAUGACAAGAUUGCAGAAUGCAAAAAGGAAAUUCAGAGAGCCAAGAGAAUAAGAAAAAAUCGCCAAGAGUACGAUGCUUUAGCUAAGGUCAUCCAGCAACACCCAGACCGACAUGAAACACUUAAGCAGCUGGAGGCGCUUGACAAAGAACUCAUGCAGCUUUCUCACAUCAAGGAGAAUGUAGAUGCAAAGUUGGAAUUAAGGAAGAAGCAAUUCCAUGUGCUGCUCAGUACCAUACAGGAACUACAGCAGACACUUGAAAAUGACGAGAAAUCAGACAAUGACGACAGUCAGGAGAGCCCUGCAGAGAAUGGUGAAUGAACUUGUGGAGAUCCUGACUGAAAGACAUGAACAACCGCUUUUAAAUGAUUUUGUUUGUGGCCUAAGAAGACUUUUUUGUAUGUAUUUUUGAAUAAAGUUGACUUUCUUGUCCAAUUUAUCCACUAAA